CCGCUUGCGCUCCGACCAGAGCACACGCGCCGCCACCCGGGCCCGCUGGCACCCGCGCCGGCGUCCUCCUCGUUGGGCCCGCCGCCGGCCCGCGCGCUCGCGAGCAUGCUCGACUGCUGCCUCAAGGGCAACUCCAACGAGGUGGAAGAGGUCGGUAAGCCCGGGGGCAGCUCCGGCUCCAAGCGGCGGCACCAGUUCGACAACGGCGCCGUGUACGACGGGGAGUGGCUCGACCAGGUGCGGCACGGGCACGGGACGCAGACGUGGACCGACGGCGCCGAGUAUUCUGGCGACUGGGUGAACGACAAGGCCCAGGGCCGCGGGGUCUUCAAGCACGUCGACGGCGACGUCUACGUCGGCCAGUGGAUGAACGACAAGGCCGAGGGCGAAGGCACGUACGAGCACGCCGACGGCUCACGGUACGUCGGCCAGUGGAAGGACGACAAGCAGCACGGCACCGGCGAGGAGACCUGGCCGGACGGGGCCAAGUACGUAGGCGACUACCGGGGAGGGCGCAAGAACGGCAAGGGGAAGUUCUCCUGGCAGGACGGCUCCACCUACGAAGGGGAGUUCGUGGACAAUGACAUCCACGGGGAGGGCCACUACCAGUGGAGCGACCAGCGCCAGUUCAGCGGCCAGUGGGCCACGAACCGCAUGCACGGAAGGGGCACCUUCACCUGGGUCGACGGCCGCUCCUACGAGGGCGAGUACCUGAACGACCAGAAGCACGGCUACGGGUCCUUCAAGUGGCCGGACGGCCGCCGCUACGAGGGGUCCUGGAAGGACGGGAAGCAGCACGGGGAGGGCAAGUACUACUCUGCGGAUGGAGUCGGCAGGAAGGGCGAGUGGGAGAACGGCAAGCGCAGCCGCUGGGUGGAGGAGGACAACGCCAAGUGA